GUUAGUAUGUUUGACAUACUAGUCGACGAAAUUCGUCAGGGAUGUUGAAGUCUUACGCAUAGGAGGGUUUUGCUUAAUUAUAUCGUAUAUAUUUUAUUUAUUAUUUUUAAUAAUUUUAUUUUUUUCAAAGAUAUGUCAUCUUCAAGAGGUGCGGAAAAUACCAAGUGUUUAGACCAGCUGAAUAAAUUUGAGAAACUGACAGGGAGGCCUUCAUUACGAGCUUCAGGCUCUAAGAAGAAAGUACGGUGGCUCCCGGCUAGGAGAAUCUUCAGUCAACCUUGCCUCAGCCUAAGGAUACCUAACAGGUUUUUGAGAGAAGGUCAUUCUGCACCCCCUGCUAGAAGUGGACAUCGAUGUGUUGCAAAUGGCUCCAGUUUAUAUGUGUUUGGUGGCUAUAAUCCAGAUUAUGAUGAGUCUGGUGGAUCAGAAAAUGAAGACUAUCCUUUGUUUAGAGAGCUAUGGCGGUAUCAUUUUGCAACUGGUACAUGGCAACAAAUGAGAACAGAAGGGUAUAUGCCCAGAGAACUAGCUUCAAUGUCAGCUGUUUUACAUGGAAACAACUUGCUGGUGUUUGGUGGGACAGGGAUUCCAUUUGGAGAGAGUAAUGGAAAUGAGGUUCAUGUAUGUAAUGUUAAGUACAAACGAUGGUCUUUGCUCAAUUGUCGUGGAAAAAAGCCAAACCGUAUAUAUGGACAGGCUAUGGCAAUCAUUAAUGGCUAUCUGUAUGUAUUUGGAGGAACGACUGGCUAUAUCUACAGCACAGACUUGCAUAGAUUGGACUUGACAACUAGAGAGUGGAUUCAUCUCAAACCGAACAAUUCUCCUGAUGAUCUUCCGGAAGAAAGGUACAGACAUGAAAUUGCUCAUGAUGGACAACGAAUAUACAUCUUGGGUGGUGGAACAUCUUGGACUUCAUAUCCUUUAGAUAAGAUACAUGCCUACAAUUUAGAAACAAAUUCAUGGGAAGAAAUAACAACAAAACCUCAUGACAAAAUUGGUUUUCCAGCAGCAAGAAGAUGUCACAGUAGUGUCCAGAUAGGAAAUGAUGUAUUUAUAUGCGGUGGUUACAAUGGGGAGCAAAUACUGGGAGACCUUUGGAAGAUAAGUUUGCAAACAUUUCAAUGGACAAAGCUACCAGCAGUUAUGCCUGAACCUGCAUAUUUUCACUGUGCAGCUGUAACACCUGCUGGUUGUAUGUAUGUCCAUGGCGGAGUAGUUAACAUUCAUGAAAACAAGAGAACUGGUUCAUUGUUUAAAAUCUGGUUGGUCGUGCCCAGUUUGUUAGAACUUUGUUGGGAGCAGCUUCUGAAGUCUUUCCCCCAGCUUGUACAGCUGUCCACAGUGCAGCUCCUUAACCUCGGUCUCACACAAGAACUAAUUGAGAGAUUGAAAUAAAGGUUUUGGACUGCUUCAUAAUAACUAUACAUUUGCAGCAAGGAUAGACUUAACAGCAGCGGACUGGAUGAAGCUUUUUUUUUUUCUCAUUCCCCCCACCCUGGUCUCUCGUCUUUUGGAAAGAUGACCAAGUUCUGAGCCUUACUCUACGGAAACAUCAGAUGCCUUUAUUUUUAUUUUUUUGCACUUCUGCAUUAAUAGUGAUCCCAAUGGAAACCGCCUGCCUGUAACCCUCGCAUACAACUCCUCAUUUCCUACUCUCAAGUUUUGUUUACUAUGAAACACAAGAUAGCCAGCAUUGAUGAAGACUACACCGUCAAGUUGGGGUGCUUUUUCUCUUUUCUUUUUCUUUUCGUUUCAUGUUUUUCAUUGAAUUUAGUUCUGUUUUCCCAAGUACAAAUAUUGCCUGUUUUAAAGAUGACUUUGGUGACAUUGGAUGAAAAACUGCUUUUAUUGUAACAAUUUUUUUUUAAUUUUAAAAUUAAUUCUAGGAAUAAUAUUUGCAUACUGUACAAAAUUUGAAUUGUCAAAUUGUAAAAAAAAAAAAAAAAAAAAAAAAAAACCUGAAAAAAGUAUUUGACCUGGUAAUAAGUCUUCCUAAUAACUUGGUUUUUUUUUUGUUUUUAUUUAUUUAUUUUUUGGGAUACAGUGGCACUUCUACACUCAUUAGAUUUCUCUUCCCCCAGAAUUUCACGUUUUUUACUUUCAGCACCUUGUUUCACUUAAUUUAAGGACUCCUAUCUAAGCAAAUUGUGUUGGCCAGCAGGUUUUGUCGCAUUGCUACGGAUGUAAGUGUUGUGCACAGUCUAACACACUGAAUUCCAUACAUCCAAUUGAAACACAAGGCCCAUCUGCAGUAAAUGUUCUGGUCUCCUGUUUUGCUGUCUUGAUGUAUUUGGUUUGUUUCAUUUUCUGCACAAACUGUUGUCAAGUUGAUGUUUCCCAACAGUCUCGGCUAUUCACUGUGAUUUAUGGUGCUUUUUCCAUACAGCCAUUAUUUAGAAGUAGCAAGGAUGUAAUAAAUCCUGUUUUACUUGACCAUAGAUUUCUAAACUGUGAAAAUUUAAUUUUCUUCUUUGUGAGUAAUUUCCAUCAAACAAAAUACACUUUUAAUAGUUUAAAAUUGAUUUGUAGCAGGACAUUUCUUCCCACCUGUGUUGACACUUUAGUGCCUUGUAUGGUUUAAGAUUAAUAUGAAUGUUCUUUACAGUAAUUAUUUAUAAUCUGAAGAAAUUACUGUAUGACAGGUAACUGAUGAACAUGAAAUAGAAAUAUAAGCUGGACUUGUAUUUUUUUUUUUUAACUUAUUUUAUUAACUAUGAUUUCAAUAUUUUAGUUUAUCUCCCUUAAAAUAUAUUUCAAUUUUUACCUAAAGAACCUAAUGGUUUCUGUUAAUGCCAGAGUACCUUUUAUGAACUGUUUUAUUCUUGAAACAAUCUUCAGAUCUUUAAUGGCAUAUCAGCUUAAGGUAUUGUAAAGUGGAAGACGACAAAGCAGUUUUGUAUCGGCUACAACACCCACGUUCACCUUGGAAAAGCUACACACAUGUGGCAUACGUUAGUCAAUGGACCAUCGAAAAAAAAAAACAAAACCAGCAACAAGAAGUUGGUGUUUGCAUACAAACCCUUAUACCUUCUUUCUUAAAACCAGAAUGUUGAGUAAUAAGGUAAUUUUUCUUUUAAAUGCAUGGAUAAUUAAUUAAUUAAUGUCCAGACAUGCAUGUUUACUUUAACUUGAUGCCUUUUUAAACUGAAACAUUUGGCAGUAAAUCCUUGCUGUAUACUGUAUAGUUUCAAGGCAAUCAUUAAUUGUAUGUGUUUGUAAAUUACUUUUUUUUAUUGUUUUCUUUGACAGAUCAAUAAAGUUAUUAUAAUUAACAGA